AUGUCGAAGAAAUCAGACCUGCUCGUCCGCGUCCGCUACCAGAACCCGCUCCCCCAGCCCCCCUUCCCCCCCAAGCUCCUCGAUGUCCCCACCACCGUCGCCCGCCUCGCCCGCCCCUCCUACCUCGAACAGCUCGCCGCAAGCACCCCUCUCGCUAUGCUCGUAGACUCUGAAAUGGGCAUGCACAUCAACCUCAACUCCUACGACGGUGUCUGGAACGGGGAAGAUCAAUCCCUCAAUCCGAUUCCCGAUCCCGAUAGAGUACACAACCCCAUCGACCUCACUCUCCUUGCCCCCUUCAAUCCUCCUCCUACCGCCACUGGCGAGAUCAAAUCAGCGCCAUCGGCCACAGACGUGUCCUGGAUGCGAAACAAUAGCUACAUUACCCGCCGAAAUAACGCUCGCCGCAAGGAAACAGCGGCAGAAGCUAAAGAGGACGAGGUCGUGGAUGCCUCGGAGGCUGCCCAGCUGUUGACCAUCGAAAAGUCCUUCUUGGAUAUCGCUACACAGGAUCCCAAAGAGGUCAAGCACCCCGACCCCAAGAAAAGAUAUCUCACGGUUGUUGACAGUUACGACAUUCUUCCCGACGAUGAGGCUUGGUCAAACAAUUACAUCCUCCUCCGGUUCCCCGAGAGGCCCUCUGCUUCCACGGCUGUCAACCCAGCUGCCGGGGCGUCGUCUCCACGCUUGGCCAAAUCCAUUCUCCGCCCUAUUGUAGAAGACGAGCAGCAGAUGAUGGACUUUUAUCUCCCGCAAGAAGAAGACGUGGCCAAUAUUGACGGCGCCUACAAUCAGGCUGUCGAUGAGGAGCCUUUGCAAAGGAUACUGCAACUGAGCGCAGACGAUACAGAUGAUCCCGAGAUUGACCGCACCUUUGCCAAUACUCAUUACGACCGCAUUCGCACGUACGAAGUGGUCAGCACCGUGGUCCCUGAAAAGGAGGUGCUUGUCUCAUUCCAAGAAGAAGAGAGCCGACACCGACGCGAGGAAUUGGACAAUCAAGAUGACCGAUGGGACAAGGGCCGCAUCGGAUUCAGAAAACCGAACGAGACCGACGCCGAACUACGCCGAAAGGGUCGCAGUCGAGUGGCCGAUCCAGGAUGGGCAAAUGAACAAUUGCGGGCCAUCCACGGCGGAGAAAACAUGGCGGAAGGGCAGGGAGAAGCCAUCGAUGACGAGCAAGAUGAACCGGAUGAUGGCGCUCUUCGGGCCGAGAGGGCGGCUCGAGACGAGGACAGUGACUAG